GGCUGAUAGACCUGUGGGGCCCGAAUGGGCUUCGGAGGGGCGCGGGCAGGCGUCUUGUGCAGGAGGUGGGGUGUGCUGCGGGUGAUCCCCCCAAAGGCUCAGGGGCGGGCCAGCAUUGCCCUGGCACGGGGGAGAAGCCGAGAUGUUGGCCCUCCCAAUUUCCUAGAGAGGCCGCCGAGGCCCGGGGCGGUGACGCGCGUGCGCGACCCGCGCGACAGCGAGACCCUCGCCGGGCGUGCGGGCGGCCGGAGGCCCUGGAGGGGGCGGCGCGGGAGUCGGUCCGUGGGAAAAUCGUCUGUCAGGAAACCGGUCCCUGGUGCCAGAAAGGUUGGCGAGCGCCGAGCGCCGGCUAAGGUGUGACUCUUGCAGAGUCUCUUGCAGGUGACCUCUGAUGUCCUAGCAAAUGGCAUUGUCCACCACGGUGCUGAAAAGGUACUCCCGAGGCUCCUGCAGUGACUCGGAUACCACAAGGCUUGCUGUGCACCCUGCUGGGUGGAGCUUGAGGAGCAGUGAUGCCUCCAGGCAGGUGGUACCCGGCUCAGGCCCAGGCUUCCAGGGAGCGAGUGCGCCUUCAGGUGAUAAAGAAGGAAGAGGAGGAUGAAGGCUACACUUCAGUGCAGGCUGCUAGGCCCCAGACACUCAACCGCCCGGGCCAGGAGCUGUUCCGCCAGCUCUUCCGCCAGCUUCGCUACCACGAGUCUUCUGGGCCCCUGGAGACUCUGAGCCGGCUGCGGGAGCUCUGCCGCUGGUGGCUGAGGCCCGACGUUCUCUCCAAGGAGCAGAUCCUGGAGCUGCUGGUGCUGGAGCAGUUCCUGAGCAUCCUGCCCUGCGAGCUCCGGACCUGGGUGCAGCUGCAUCACCCCGAGAGUGGCGGGGAGGCGGCGGCCCUGCUGGAAGACCUGCAGAGAGACUCCAGCGGGACACCACGGAUGGAUCCAGCCCCUGCCCAGAGCCCAGACGUGCGCUGGAUGGGCACGGGAGCCCUGCGAGCCGCGCAGACCUGGCCCUCCGCGCCGCCGCUCAGGAGCAGCUCCGCUCUGGGGGACCGCCUGGAGCCUCCCUCUGACACAGCAGUGCGUGACUUCCUGGCUGGGCAACCCGAUCCUCCAGCUGCCCAGGUGCCUGCCCUUUCCCAGAGAGAGGGGUGCCCAGAAGAUGGGGGGACAGCCCAGCCUCAGGAGGCUCUGACUUUCAAGGACGUGGAGGUGACCUUCUCCCAGGAUGAGUGGGGAUGGCUGGUCCCUGCUCAGAGGAACCUGUACAGGGACGUGAUGCUGGAGAACUACGGGAACCUGGCUUCUCUGGUGGGGCCGCUCGCCAAGCCUGUGCUGAUCUCCUGGCUGGAGACCAGGGAGCCGUGGGGCCUGAAUGUCCAGGGAGCUCAGCCUAAGGGCGAUCCGGGUGCUGCCGCUGCAGGAGGUGAGCUCCAGAUUAAAACAAACAAGCUCAUCUUAAAUCACGAGCCUUUGGAAGAAGCAGAAACCUUAGCUGUGUCAUCAGGAUGCCGCGUGAUGAGGGUGUCCGAGGAGACCGGGCUCGGAGAGCCUUCGGAACCGCAGAGCAGCGCGCAGGAGCGGUGUGGCGAUCCCAUGCCAGCGAGCGUUAAGAAAAACGAGCCCAGCUUCAGUCUCAAGACAGAAGAGGAACUGGGGGAACCGGGAGGGGGCAGCGGCCUCGGUCUCAAGCACGUGGCGUACCUGCGAGUUCCCAGGAGAAAGCGGGCGCUGAAGCGCGGCUGCGGCCGGCUCUUCCGCGGCGGGGCGUACCUCCUGGACUACAGGGAGUUCGGCAGGGGCCUCUGGCGCCUGCUUGGCGGCUUCGGCCUGCGGCAGAGGCUCCACGCCGCGCUGAAGGGGGCCGCGAAGGACGCGCACGGGAAGGACUUCCUGAGCUCUUGUCUGCAGCGGAGCCUGCACGUGGCGGGGGCGCUGCACAGGUGCAGCGACUGCGGCAGGACCUUCGGUCACCGCUCCCACCUUGCGCACCACCAGAGGCUCCACACUCAGGAGCGGCCCUUUAAGUGUCGGGUGUGCGGGAAAGCCUUCAGGUGGAGCUCGAACCGCGCGCGGCACGAGAGAAUUCACACCGGGCUGAAACCUUACAAGUGCGGUCUGUGUGACAAGGCCUUCCAGCGCAUGUUCGCCUACCACCUGCACCAGGAGACCCAUGCUAAGCAGAAAUUUCUGGAACCCGCUCAGUGUAAGGAAGAGCGCCCCUACGACUCAAGGCUGGAUCAUCUGCAGGACCAGAGUGGGGAGAGUCUCUUCGACUGCAGCCAGUGUCGGAAGUCCUUCCACUGCAAGUCGUACAUCCUGCAGCAUCAGAGGAUCCACACCCAGGAGAAACCCUACAAAUGUACCAAAUGCAGGAAAACCUUUAGGUGGAGGUCCAACUUUUCUCGCCAUAAGAGGAUGCACCAGGAAGACAAGUUCUACAAUCAAGACAGAGGCGGAAAAGACCCCCGGGAGCCCCCCGGCUGCAGCCAGCCCCAGAGCGCCCCCCCCAUGGUGGAGAAGGUGUUCCUGUGUCAGCAGUGCGGGAAGACCUUCCCCGGGAAGAAGUCUCUCCUCAACCACCAGAGAGUCCACAUGGGCCGGGAGCCCUACCGCUGCGGCGAGUGCGCCAAGGAGUUCGCCCACAGGUCGGCCUUCCUGGUCCACAAGAAGCAGCACGCCCUGAAGAGGAAAGCCGAGGCCGGCGUCCCCCUCGGCCGGGACAGGGGGCUCCCGGGCCCGCUGAGCGGCCAGGCCGCGGAGGAGCGCUUCAAGUGCAGCCAGUGUGGCAAAGCCUUCCGCAGCCACUCGUUCCUCCUCAUCCACCAGCGGGUGCACACGCGCGAGAAGCCGUACAAGUGCAGGGAGUGCGGCAAGGCGUUCCGGUGGAGCUCCAACCUGUCCCGCCACCAGCGGAGCCACUCGCUGAGCAAGCUGUUCGUGUACCACGAGAGUGGCGGCGCCGUGGACCUGCAGUCGCAGGUCCUCACUGGCCAGAAACCCUUCUGGUGCCAGGAGUGUGGGAAAACCUUCACCCGCAAGAGGAGCCUCCUGGACCACAAGGGCAUCCACAGCGGGGAGAAGCGCUACAAGUGCAACCUGUGCGAGAAGUCCUACGACAGGAACUACCGCCUGGUCAACCAUCAGAGGAUCCACACCAAGGAGAAGCCCUUCCGGUGCCAGUGGUGCGGGAAGGACUUCAUCGGAAGGCACACCCUGUGCAUCCACCAGAGGAAGCACACCCGGGCGGCGCCCCCCGACGGCCGCCCGGCGGAGGCGCCUCCCUCCCGGGACGCAGGGGCGACUUCGCAGGAGUGGAAGCCGAGUGGGCAGGUGCCCCUGGACGCUCGGGAGGUUGCGUGCGAGAGGCGCGCCAGGCCCGCCGGACGCGAGGAUGAGCCCGCGGGGAAGAAGUGUCACAAAUGUAGCAUGUGUGGCAAGACUUUCAGCAAGACCUCACAGCUCAUCAGCCACAAGAGAUUUCACACGCGCGAGAGGCCCUUCAAGUGCAUGGAGUGUGGGAAGACCUUCAGGUGGUCUUCCAACUUGGCUCGGCACAUGAAAAGGCACAUAGGUGAUUAGCCGGGGGCCUGGCGGUGGGAGGAGAGGGGUCCCCAGCCUCCCUGCCGGGGAAGCCGCGGUCACAGGUGGUGCGGGCACAACCUUCACAGAGCGCCUGGCCCUUCCCUUUCCGGCGUGAGUCACAGAGCCUCCUGAGGGUUCGGAAACUCAGGGUGGCCACUGUCCUACCCACUGGGCGGGGAGAUUCUCCUUGGUGACCUUCCAGAGACUCAGGCCCUCAAGGGUGGCCUGUGUUCAAGGGCCUUCCCGGAGCUCCCCCAGCGGGUCUUCUUCCGUAGCUCUCCCGGGAGAGACCGUCGCCCUUUCGUUUGACACGGUGUCUGUAGCGUGGUGGGGUGUGGCUGCUGGGAAAGGGGCCAGUGGGGUCCUGGGUUCCCCCUGGGUCUGACCGUUGUCACGGUGCCUGUUCUGUUUGACCUCGUAAGUGUGAAGUAGCUUGAACUCUUCCCAGUGGCCCGGGUCCCUCCUGGGGAGCUCUGCCCGUGGCCGCCGCCGCACCGCCAGCUUUGGGUGUCUGCCGUGGGCGGCACGCGGAGGGGAGCAGGGUCCGGGCUUCCUCCCCGCGGAAGGGAGCGCGCUGUGCCUCGUCACCCCCUCCCUGCCGCAGGCGUGUGCGGGCAGCCAUGUGCUGGGCUCCCCGCGUGCCAGGGGCUGUCGUGUGUGCCGGAGACCCAGCAGGACCAGGACAGAGAAAACAGUGUGUGGUCUUGGAUCAUGACAGAUCAGAUAAACAUGAGAUACACAGUGUUCGGUUGGUGUGCGUGUUGUGGACACCUGAACCAGAGGAGAGGGAGAGGGUGUGCUGGACCGUGAGGUGGGUUGCGAUUUCACAUAGGCUGGUCACGAAGGCCUUCAGAAGGUGUAAUCGGAGCAAAGACCUGAAGGAGGUCAGGGAGGGAGCCCUGUAGGUGUUAGACCCGGGCACAGGAGGUGGGCUCUUGGCUGGUGUCCUCAGGGAGUGACGGGAGGCCCCUGCGCCAGGGUGGGGUGAGCCGAGCCGGCUGAGCCCAGCCCUGUGAGCAUCGGGUGCUCUUGGGCAGUUUGAGUUGAGUGUUGCGCUCUGAAUGCGAGUCACCUUUUACAAGAGUUAACCACAGACCCAAGGACUCGGUGAAAUGACGGAGCUGAAAAUUUUGUGUGCAGUUAGCCCUGCUAACCAGUGUCCGAGAGGAGACUCCUGUCCCACCAAGCGUCUGAGUGUCCUGCCGGCACCACAGCUCUCCGCAGGUGUGAGCAGCUGUGGAGACGGCGGCCUCGCGCCCCAGGCCCUGGUCCGUCCCUGCCGGCCCGGCUUUCCUUGAGCCUCUUCUCUGUAAGCCCUCUCUCGUGGCACCCCCUCUCCUGGUACCUGUGUGGUCUGGGUUUGCAAAUGUGUCACCCCCCACUGCAGUCAGUGAGGCCGGGGUCCGGCGCUUGUUUAUCUGGUUGCCGCGCAGAGGAGGUUUUGCACACAGUUGCCUCUGUGAAGGACUGCAGAGCUGACUUUAGUUUAGGUAAGUGUUGACUGGAAGUUUUUGAAAGGCCCCCCACCCCCUGGUGAAAUGUUGAUGGGAGGGCGCCGGUGGGCAGUGUUGGGCUGCCCCCACCUCAGUUCCCACCUUGCACCCCACGCUGGUUGGAUCACACCCCUUUUCUCAACCUGCCCCGCCUUCUCUCACUCCCAGGAGGAACUGGAAUUGGGCCCGAAGACAGCCAGGUGGGCGGGGACUCCACCCGGAGCCGAGUGGGGCACAGGCCUGUCAGUCAACUGUUCUGUGCUCUCAGCCCCACCCCUGCUGACCGGGACCAGCAGCUCCGGCC